AGCAUAUGAUGUCCGCAAUUCAGCAGGCUUCUUCGACAGUAGCGCUUAUGGGCAAAACCGGUCACAUUAGAGGUUACAAGUGGAUACAAGCUACAACGUGGUGAGGGUAAGGAAAUGCCCAGACCUAGGAUACAAGACCGUGCUCUGGUUACAACUCUUGUGUGCUCUUGUGUCAGAGCAUCUCUGUUUGGGCUCCAAUUGCUUUCAUGUACCCGGUUGGUUAUGUUCAUUGGUUAAAAAGUUGAAAAUUAAAGAAAACCUACAGCUGACACUUGGCAAUUCAAUUAAAACCAUAAUGGCAGCAUUGGGAAAUAUUAUAACAUCGUCAUUACAAAGCGCCAAACAGAUGUUGAUUAUUUCAGAGUCAGUAAGCUGGACAACUGUUAGAAAUGCUUCUAAGAAAACAGGUGGAAGUACCCGGAAUAAGGGGGGUCAUGCCAGACCAAAACAUAGAGGGUGGCGCGUUCAGGAUGGACACUUCGUUCAAGCUGGAACAAUAUUAGCUACGCAAUUGACAACUAGAUUCCAUCCUGGGUUGAAUGUUGGUUGGGGAAGAAAUGGAACACUGUUUGCACUUGAAGCUGGAAAAGUCAUGGUGACGUGUGAACAAAUUGAUCCAAAAUGGGAAAAUUCUUGGGUUCAGCGAAAUUAUAAUGAUAGAAUGGGACAAAAAAUAUAUAAAAAACAUUUCAAUGUUAUCCCAGCGCCACAGCAUCACGUGUUCAAAUUGAUUGAAAAAGUUUAAUUAAAUAUAUAAAUAAUUAGGAACUGGAAAUGUAUUGUUUAUAGGUAAUAAUUAAAGCAUUAAAAAGCA